GUUUGCAGGUCUGGCGGGGGACCCGGCAGUGGCGGCGGUAGUGGUGGCGGCAGCGGCGGCGGAGGGAGAUGCCCAGGCGGCCCACAGAGGUCCAUGUGGCGCCCUAGGUGGGAUGCUGGCAUCCUGAAGGCCGAGGCCCUGGCCCUGCUCCCCUGUGGCCUGGGCAUGGCGUUCUCCCAGUCACACGUGAUGGCCGCGCGGCGACAUCAGCAUGGCCGGCUCAUCAUCGAGGUGGAUGAGUACAGCUCCAACCCCACCCAGGCCUUCACCUUCUACAACAUCAACCAGGGCCGCUUCCAGCCACCGCACGUGCAGAUGGUGGACCCGGUGCCUCAUGAUGCCCCAAAGCCACCUGGCUACACACGCUUUGUCUGUGUUUCUGACACGCACUCAAGGACAGAUCCCAUCCAGAUGCCCUACGGUGACGUGCUGAUCCACGCCGGGGACUUCACGGAGCUGGGGCUCCCGAGCGAGGUGAAGAAGUUCAAUGAGUGGCUGGUGUCUUUGGUCUUGGAGACCAAGGACUUGGCUCAGGUGUGUGUGGACCCCUGUGUGCGCAGCCUUGAGUGCCAGGCACAGGUGCUCAUGAAGCGGCUG